AUGUUUUCCGAUGGCCUUCCAAGCGAAGUCGUCGAGAACGCCAAACGUCUGUUCGCGAUUCUUGUGAUGAUUGGCGAGCCUCAAGCAAUUCGUAAGCUAGUAAGCGAUGGUCUCACUGACGACGACUUGCCGUUUGCCAGGCCAGAGCAAGUCGACAGUGGUAGUAUCUUGGAAUCGAAGAGAAGAAAGAAAGUCAAGUCGUUUCAAGACUGGAGGAAUGACGCAAAGGUGGACAUAUUUUUGGACAAGCAGUGGCUAUUUCUUGCACCCGUUUUGGAUCUCUCAGGAGGCUCCGAGACUGUGGAUGCACAAUGUCCGCUGCCUUUCUUGAGGGCAACUGCAGUCCGAGGUACCCACAGCAGUACCGUUUACAAGAGUGAGCUACAUGUCGCGCAUCAAAAAGGUGCUAGAGCGCAAAAUUCGAAUCUGCUGGUUGCGGUGAAGGUAUUUCAAAAGACUGACGCUGAUGUCUUGUUCGAGAAGGAAAGGAAAAACCUCCAGAAGACGAGGGGCAUCGAUGACAGACAUCUCAUACAGCAUUUGUUUUGCUGCGAGCGCAAGCCGUCUUAUUUCAUUGUUUUUCCGUGGGCUGAUGGGGGGAAUCUCCGAGACUUCUGGAAACUACACACGUCGGAUCAGGGAUUUUUGCUGUGGUCGCUACAGCAAAUGCUUGGUAUCAGCGGCGCGCUGCGCAAGCUUCAUGACAUGAACUGUCGACAUGGAGAUCUCAAGCCUGCCAACAUUCUUUACUUCAAACACGGCGGCCUAGGAAAUCUUGUCAUCGCAGAUGUCGGGGUUUCGAAGGUGCACAAGUACGCCACGAACCUGAGAGAGGGCGCAACAAAUGAGAAGGCGACAACACCAGCAUACGAGCCACCAGAGGCCUUUGAGAAGACAAAUAAGCCAAGGCCUCGGCGAUAUGACAUCUGGUCCAUGGCUUGUAUUUACCUUGAGUUCAUCGUCUGGAUUGUUCAUGGUUUCGAUGCCGUCGCUAGCUUCGCAAGCAGCAGGGACGAACCUAACGCCAACUUCUUCAGAUUCCGCGGUACAGUGCCAGAAAUACACCCAUCUGUGAUGGAGGCGAUAUCAGCUUUGCGCCACGAUCCUCGUUGCAAGGGUGACACAGCAUUGGCGGCGAUUAUCAACCUGAUCACGGAGCAUCUAUUACGUCUUCAAGUCGACGACCGCGUCACGGCAGAGGUCCUUUACAACAAGCUUGAUGUUACUGUGCAACGUGCGAACCGCAAUCCAUCAUUCAUCAUGCGACAAGUGGACCGCGUUCCUGCAACACCAGACAUCUUCCGAUCUACAGGUCCAGUCUUUGAUGGCCCAACGUCAACCUAUACUUAG